AUGUCGGAGACCGGCCGUCGAGGAGCCGCCUACACCAUAGACAACAUCCUCGGACACACAGACAGACAUAACGACCGAGCGGAACUGAAGAGUGAAUCUGGAGCUCACUCGGACUCUGAUCACGAGCACGAGCAUGAGCACGAGCAUGUUCACGGUGAGCACGGUGAGCACGGUGAGCACGGAGAGCAGCUCGAGGCGAUCGACGCGGGACGACCGCGCAAGCAGGUGCGCCGCAGCCGCACCACGUUCACGACGUACCAGCUGCACGAGCUGGAGCGCGCCUUCGACAAGACGCAGUACCCGGACGUGUUCACGCGCGAGGAGCUGGCCAUGAGGCUGGAGCUCAGCGAGGCCAGGGUGCAGGUGUGGUUCCAGAACCGACGCGCGAAGUGGCGCAAGCGUGAGAAGGCGCUCGGCAGAGAGCACGCGCCCUUCCUGCACCACGACCACGUGGUGGGAGAGUGGGGCGGCCCAGGAGAGUGGUGGUCGCUGGGACUUGGCGCCGGGUUCGUUCACCCCGUGUGGAGAGACGCCGAGCCUGCCUUCAGAGCUUUACUGCACAGGUACGUGCUGGCGCUCCCUCCUCCUGCGCUGCUCCCCGCGGAACCGGAGCCGGCGCCCUCUCCCCCCACCGCGCCGCGCUCCCCCGGCCCCGUCCCCGCGCUCGCCCUCGCCCUCACCCCCGCGGACACGCUGCGGCUGCGAGCUCACGACGCAAUCCUGCAGGAGAGGGCCUUGCAACACAACAACAAGGUCCACACGUAA